AAAGAUGGCGACUCCCUUGAACUGAGGGGACAAAUGUGUUUAUGAAGAGCACAUACUACCUAAAGCCGUCUCCCAUAUACAAUAAAAAUGGUUUUAAAAAGCGUUUUUCGAUCCACAGUGUUGGGUUUACGGACAUGGAGUGUAUUUUCAGUUGCAAGGCAGAGUAAGACAACCUUACCAGCCUUCAGCCAGGCUCAGUGCAGCUCUUACACAAACUGGACGUUCAGCCGUCAUUUUAAAGGUGAUGAAACUCUCCUUAACCAACCAGUGAGGCAAUAUGCUCGACCUUCUAGAAAGAAACAAGAAUUCCCAAGUCAGCUUGAAGAUCUGAAAACAUCAAUGCUGAAGCACGAAUAUGCGUCCGUCCCACUUGCACAAUCGGUUGAUGAUGUGGUGAAGAAACUGCUUACUUUGGAGUUUGCUAAUCAUAGUGAAAAACUGCGUUUGAAAGAGGAACAGCUUAUUGCUAAGGUGCAGAGGGAUGAGAAUGACCGCAGUUCAACCGAAGUCAAGGUGGCGAUUUUGACAGCACGCAUUCGCAACUUCCAGGAGCACUUGCACAAACACCCCAAGGAUAAAGCCAACAAAAGAUGGAUGCUGAUGACCAUUGACAAAAGGAAGAAGCUUUUGAAGUUUCUCAGAAGAACCCGUUAUGAUUCAUUUGAGAAGGUGUGCAAGGAGCUUGGAAUCACAUACACCUUCCCUCCUGAAUACUACAGACGGGUCACUCGACGUUGGCUCGCCAAAAAGGCCUUCUGUAAUAAGGUCUUUAAAGAAGUCCAGAGACUAAAAGCAGCAGAGAGAGAGAAACAGAAAGCAGAGGAGGCUGAAAGAAAAAAGUCUUCAUCCUCUACAAACCCACAAGAAACUGCAGCGUAGAGAUGUUCAACCAGCUGCGUCAUGUCCAGAAGAACAAUCUGAUACAUGUCUGUUUUGAAUCACACGUCACAUUCAGAGAAAAACUAAACAGAACCAUCAAAUCAACCGCAUGUUUUCAUUAAUUUACUCGUGUCUUUUGAGGCUGAGCCAAAUAAAAGAUCCUAAAAUGAA